CGACACUCGUGGACGUUGCAUGCCUACGUGAUAAAAGGGAUAUACUUCUACUACGCCAUAUAUCCGCCUCGCGGACGACUAUAGAUCUGUCGCUCCUCGACAAUGUAUGCCUCAGCAUGUCAGUGCGAGCAUGGCCGUCUUUGUACCCUCCCAUCAGGAGUGACUUAACCAUGAUAUCAUCGUCCGACGAGCUCCAGAUAUUUCUGCCCAGGUGCUAGAAAGGCUGCAGUAACAUACAAAAUCCUUAAGUACGGAGAACAUCUUCCCUUUGAUCUCUCUCUCUCUCUCUCUCUCCAACAGUUUCGUCCUCGAUUCGACGAACCUACGUCUUACAGACCAAAGCCCGGUGCCAGAACCCACAAGCGAACACCCAAGACUCUGACCAAGCUACUCCGCACACUCAUCGUCGCUAGAAUGCCAGACCAAAAGCCAAUCACAGCCUACCCAAGCACAGAGUUGAAGACGCAGGACCAAGAGGGUGGUCCGGGCCUCGAUUCAGAGCUCGAUCCGUCUGCCAACUGGACGCAAUUGGAAUUCUUUGACGACGAUGGGAAACCAUAUCUGAAAGAGUAUGAGGGCCGUGGGCUGCUGAAGGACAAAGCUGUGCUGAUCACGGGUGGAGACAGUGGCAUUGGCCGCGCUGUGGCUAUCCUCAUGGCAAGAGAAGGUGCUGAUGUCUCUUUUGUGCAUCUGCCCGAAGAAGAACAGGACGCCAAUAAGACUGUGAAGCUAAUUGAAAAGGCUGGUCGUAAGGCGAACCCUAUGGCACUGGAUCUAAGGGAGGAGCAGAACUGCAAGAAGGCUAUUGAUGAGCAUAUGAAGGCGUUUGGGAAGCUAAGCGUGCUGGUGAAUAACAGCGCCAUGCAAGAAAUCUGCAACGACUUCCGUGAGAUCGACCUCGCCGUUGUCGAGAAGACGUACCGAACCAACGUCUUGUCGAUGUUCGCAAUGACAAAGUACGCUCUGCAAGUCAUGAAGCGCGGCGCGUCAAUCGUCAACAGCUCGUCCGUCGCGGCCUACAUGGGUAAUCCGCAGCUCGUCGACUACUCCUCAACCAAAGGCGCCAUCACAACAUUCACGCGAUCCUUGGCACAACAGCAGGCUGCGAACGGCAUCAGAGUCAACGCUGUCGCACCUGGCAUCAUCUGGACUCCGCUUCAACCAGCCACGAAGAACAACCCUCCAGAUGCCAUGAACGCUCUUGGUGUUGGCGAGUGUCCGCUUAACCGCCCGGGCAUGCCGGUUGAAGUAGCCACCGCAUAUAUCCUUCUUGCUUCGCCAUUAGGUUCAUAUGCUACGGGUGAAACGCUGCACAUCUCCGGCGGCAUUGAGAUGCAAGGCUGAGCGUUGGUCUUGUACAACUAUUAGACGGCCGACGAGUAUGGGUAUAGAACGGAAGCGUGUCAUAGCAUAGCAUAUCAUAGCGUCAGACGGAACAUGCACAUUUCGGCGAUUCUCUCGCCUGACCCUGACAUCCCCCGCAAAGCGCAGACCAGGGCGAUACUUGGCAAUCCAAUAUCUGUUGAUCACUCGGCUAUGCG